UAAGGGAAGGCUGUUCUGUUACUUAAAAGAAACUUUAAAGCAGCUGGAGAUGGCGAGGUAAGACCAGCUGGCUGAGCAUGUCCUUUGAUGAGCCGAGCUUGGAGUGGUGAGAAAGAAGUGAACAGGGGUGUGUUACAGGGAAUCAAGAGUGGAGACCGGGCGGAGGAAGAGCAGCCGCGGUGGGCAGUGGGUGGGUAACGAGUCGCCCUUAGGACUGACAUUUGUGCGCUCACUGUUACUACCUCAGCAUGAAUUCAGCCUUCACAUGAGCCCAAAACUCAAGAGGCUGUGUGCGGAGAGAGGAUGCCCUGCUCACAGCGUCCCGCGCUGAGUUGGUUUACCAGGAGAGUGUGGGGGGCCUGUGCUAGGGAAGGCGCCCGUGUGAGUGCCAGGACUUCACUCUGUCUAACUGGCCGCGUUACGCUGACGAGUCUGUGUACUGAGUGGAGCAGCCUUUGACUUGCACUAAAAACUUCUCUGUCACGUCUUCCUCCCUUCUUUGCCCGGUAGUAUAAGACAUGCAGUGGUUGAGCAGGCAGAGAUGCAGACGAUCUUUUGAACAGUCAUUGCUCUGUGAAGAAGCGUACAACCUGACGCUUUUCAUCCACCCCUCCAUGGUCUCAUAGAGCACCUCGGCCUCUUUUCUCACCCUCACUGAUUUCUGUGUUUUGUCACCCAUCUGUAGCCCCGUGUCCUCGUGUUCAGUGGUCAUAUAAACCGAACCACCGUGAUAUGUAAAUUAAGCAAGUCUUACGUUGUGUGGCUUUAAGUCAAGCUAGUUAGCUCAAGUAAGUCGUUUUAUUUUGGGGGGCCCCUUUUGCUUGCCUUCACUGCAGAACACAGUAACUGUACUCUUGAGAAUCCAGGUGGCAGUUUGAAACUGUCCAUCCUGUGUGUCUACAUUAGAUUUGGUCAGUUUGCUGCUUGGCUGCCCUAGGGACAGGUUUCAGUUUAUUAUUUAUAAAAACUUUUGCUGGAUUCCCACUGAUAGUUGCCACAAGUUUGAACUUUGUUGUUUCUAACUUGAAAAAUAUUUUCUCUCAGACAUGUUUACGGUUGCUCUGUACAGGAAUGCUUGUGAAACUGUAAUUCCUUCACUGUCCAGUCAUUCGUGUGUUUAUCAACGGCAUGUGGUUUGGCAUACAGCCAGUAGAAGAGGCAUGGGAGCUCGUUCUAGUUAGGGUUGUAGUCACGAGCAGAAGCAGCCUUCCUGUAAGUGUAAUGUAAUAAAUUUUGGUGGGGGAGAUCCCACAGUGCAAGAAGGUCAACUUUGAGGGGCUUGUGUGACCCCUGAAGGUGACAGAAGUGAAUCUCAGUUCAAGUCUGGAAAAUGACUUGAGAGAAAGGCGGUGGCGAGAGCAGUGAUGUAGGCAGGGGACGCAAGUUGUGCAGAGGCUUGGAGGAGGGAGGUGGUGUGUGUUAGAGGAAGCCCAAGGUAGAGAGAGCUGUGUUUCCUAGCAGGAGGAGCACUUUCUGACACCUCCGUGUGAACAUCUCUCCCACCCAAGUCCCCUUCAGGUUUCUCUCCUGCCUGAGAACAGUGUCUUCCCCUCCUGCUGGACUCCUGGCAGGACUGUGUGUGUGCUGUUGUCUGUCCUGACCCUUCAGCUGCCAUCAUUUAGGCCUCAUUUAUUACUUAGUCUCUGUCAUUUCUAUGUGCUCGUUGAAAGAGUAGCGCUUUGCAUUCCUCAGGGAGCAUGGAGCGAAGCCUGAGACGUCUUUGGUGACCACACUGAGGUGGGAACGUGAGACCAGGCCUGCUUUCCAUGGUUGGCCAGCAGGGUUCCUGCACUCAGGGUGCAGGUAACUCAGGAGUGCGGUUAUUAUAGAGAAAGGGGGUAGAGCAAAAUGAGGUGUGGAAAGCAGGUCUGAGCUUCCAGGCUGUUAGCGGAGUUGCACACAUCGCGAUUUCCCCAGCCAUGUGCUGUGGCGGCACGUGUGAAGUGUUGUCUUCCGAGGACUUUAUUGGGGUGUGUUGUCUAGGCACCCUCUGCCCACCACGUGCCCGAAUUCCAGGCUCCUAGCAGGAAGGCCUGUGUUUAACAUAAAUCUCAUUGCAGUUUGGGCUCAGCAGCCCCCUUGUAUCACCAGGAAUUGGGGAAGGAGCCUUUCAGAAAUGUGGGUUUCUGGAUGCCAACCGAAGGCUGCCCUGGUCAGCAGGCCUUUCUAAGGGAUGAACUAAAGGCUGCUUGUUAACUCUGCUGUGUGCACACUUCGGCUGUGAGGGCCGUGGCCAGCUUGCAGAGAUCGGGGUACUCCGGGAGCCCUGUCUUCCAGCCCAGAAUGUCAGCAGUUGAUCGAGAAACUCUCCUUCAUAUGUCCCCGAGUUUCUGCAGAAGAUUGGUUCCCAGGCCCUCCUGGAUACCAGGAUCCAGUCUCCCCAGCCCCUCGCAAAAUGGCAUAGUACGGAAUGGCAUAAGCUGUGCACGCUCCUUCCUGUAUUUAAGGCAUGCCUUUUGGAGUGCUUUCAGUACCGAACACAGUAUGAAUGGUAAGUGAGUAAUUGUCAUGUCGUGUGGGAAAUGAUGAGAAAAGAGAGCAGAUUCACGGCGCAGUGUUUCCCUAAGUAUUUCCUCUCUCUAGUUGGUUGAAUCCACAGACUGUGUUGUUUGUUCAAGCAAUCUGUUUGUCCUCUUGUCCUCUAUAUUACUUGCUGCUUUUGCUAAUGUGGUUAGGGAACCAUUGCAGUAACUCUGCUGGCCAUCUUUUAUGUCCACCUGCUUUACCCCUAAACCUUGCUUCUCUCCAUGCUAUCUGGCCAGCCCCCGGCUCCUAGUGUAUUUGUAGCUGUAUUGAUUUCACCUUCUGAAGGGAGGGAUCGUGGGCAGGAAGGUUCAGGUGACGUUCAGGAGGGUGUUGGUGUGUGUGUGUGUGUGUGUGAGUGUGUGUGUGUGUGUGUGGGUGUGUUGGUUUGAGACAGGACCUCACCGUACAGUUCAGGUUGGCCUUAAACUCAUUGUGUAGCCCAGGCUGGCCUUGAACUCGUGGUCUUCUGAGAGCGCUGACAUUCCAGGCAUGUACCACAGGCCAACAGGAGGCCACUGGGUAGAUAAAAUGAAAACAGUCUGUUACAAGCAAAGAGUAACUGGAGAAGAAAAAAGUCUUGAAUAAGAGAGUAGGCUGUUCUGGAAAUUGUGUCCAUAAAUUAAUUAAGGCUGGAACUUGAGAAAAAUCAUCCAAAAGACAGAAAACAAAGCAAAAAAAAGUUGGCAGGGGUGGGGUGAGAAAGAGAAAAGGUCUGAGAAUGAAGAAGAAAUCACUUUUCUGGUAGAUUACAUAAUACUGCUUGACCAUCCAUAAUCUUAAGAUGCAGUCUGCAUUCUGGACUUGAGAGCUUUUCAGCUUAAGGGUGCUGAACCUGUAAAUUCUAUAAAAAUUCCAAAAUCAGAAAAGUUCUCGGAUCUGAAACAGUUCUGGUCCCAGUCAUGUCUGAUAAGGGAUGGUCAGUUGCAGAAGGGUCAGAAGUGGAGAGCAGAAAUACAGAGGGAAAAGCAGUUCGCAAAGAAGCAGCGCCGCCACAUGGCCAGGACGGGAAGAGCGCCUGGACCCUUCCUCCUCCGGGAACCUGGCCUUGGUGCGUUGGCCCUGAAGUGCGGGGAGGUACGAGGGGCAGGCGGAUCCUGUGGACCCUUCUCCCGCCUCACCCUGCUAGGCUUGGGCUCCGAGGCUCAUUGCUAGGGUCAAACGGUAGUUAACCCUGAUUGGAAGAGUGGAGAGGGGCGCUGGUGAGGCUGGUGUACAGAGUACCCCGUAUCUGACCAGAUCUGAAGCGGCACGCAGCCGGGCCUUGGGAACCGUGUCAGCUGAGCAUGGGAAUGCAGCAGGUUGCUGUCUUUUCCCCCCUUUAUAGUGCUGUUUUGUGAUUUUAGGUUUUCAUUUUAUGAGAGCUCUAUGGGAACGUAAUUCGGGGAGACAACUGGACAUACAGAAUCUAUAAAGACAGUCUGCAGCCCCAGCACCACCUGGGUCCCCUUUCAAGGACCCAUUUUUGGUCGGUUGCACUUUGUGUGUUUAGUAAAGGACUUUCUCUGGCUGGGGAGUAGACUGGUAUUGAACCAGGUGUUAUCACUUUGAGGCCUCAUUGUUCGAUUGCUGUCUUUGGAAGGUGAGGAUGGAGCCUUUCGGCCCCACGCUGUGCCACACCUGUGCUGUACCCCUCCCCUCCUCCUUGGUGUGCUUCGGAUUUCAGCUAGAUGAGUGUUUGGGCUUAACACUGGAGCUGCAUAUUAAUUUAGAGCUAAACUCUGGUGUACAUUAUUUUUCCUCCUGGCAUGUUUUUUCGUAUCCCUUAGUUAGUAAUUAUAGUCUUAAUCCAGUUUUUAUCCUAAAAAAAUUGAUGCUUUGUGUGAGGGACUAGAUUUAACACUUUGUGUGACCGUCCUGUUUAAUACUAAUAGCAUGCCAGCUGUGUAACCUCUGUACGAUUCAGUUUUCCCAUCUGUGAAACUGGAAAUUGUAUUGAGGUUUGUGGCCACUCAGUAAAAAGUGGUGGUGGGACAGAAAUUUGAAGCAGGUGUUUAUGACUCUAAGAGUCUGAGGUCUCUUUGGUUUCUGGCAUAGUGUUUGAACUUGUGGAAUGACGUCUGCAAGAAAGGUGGGAAAGCUAAAACACAACAGUAAGAGCUUGGAAGAGUGGGAAGGAGAGGCGGUCAUUUUUGUAAUGCAUCUCUCAGCGGCACCCACAUCCACAUCACGGGCAGCUCUGGGCCAGUGUAAUAAUUUAAAUGAAUAUGUUGAAGCAUUAAUUACCUUGAAACAGAAAAUUAUCAAUACCGACAAUCUGUUGACAGAAUAUCAGAAGAAAUGUGAUGAGCUGCAGUUUGCAAGAAGAGAAAACAGCACCCUGCAUCACCAAGUGGAACAGAUGCUUCAAAAAAUUUCUCCUCUGCAGAAAUGUCAGGAAGAAUUGGGAUCUUUAAAAGCAGAGCUGGAGGAGAAAAAGAACUCCCUAAAGUUGUAUCAGGAUACUCACCAGGAAUACGCCCGGGUAAAGGAAGAAUGCUUGAAAAGUGAUGCACAAAAGAAGAAACUGGAAGCUAAGGUGAAGAAGCUGGAAGAGGCUGCUGUCAGGCAAACUCAGGACUUCAAGCAACUGAGAAAUGAAAAGAAAAUACUUGAAAAGGAAUUUAAGAAGACCCAGGAAAGGCUGGACGAGUUUUCUAGACAGAAAAGUGAAAAGGAAUUGAGACAUAUUGGAACACAAAUUUCAAGUGAUUCGUGUGGAAGCAUAGACAAAAGGAAAGUGAAGCUGCUGCUGAAGGAGCUCUGGCUCUGUGUGAACUCGGCGCGCAGGCUGCCCGGCGACGGCCGCAGACGUGCCCCAGAAAAACCUGCCAAAGAAGACAUCAGAUCCAGAGUGUCUGAGGAAGAUGACAUGCUACCUCUGGCCCCAGGCAGCCCGCCCCGCUCCUCUAAUGUGCAGACAUGCCUUGCGGCGCUGUCCAGGGAGAUGCAGGCUGAUUUUGCUGCCUGGAAAAGUGUGGCCAAAGAGCAGCCCAGUGGUGUGAAUCACAGUGCCAGCAGAGUCGUCUCUAAUGAGGACAGGGAUCUGGAGGCUUUACCUCGGAGUCCUGAGGACUGGGAUGGGACUGGCUUUGCCCACCAUGGUCAUCUUUUGGACAGAGAUCUCCAGGCUGCCAUGGACUUCUUCAGACUUCCCCCUCCUCUUCUGUCUCCAGUGCCCUCGCCCCCUUGCAUGUCCUCACCACAGCCGGGCUCCUUACCAUCUGCGCUCACCUCUGAAACCUACUUUGGAGAGUGCACAGAUUCCAGUGACAGCGACUCCACUCAUCCUGGAAAUCCUGCCGACUCUAUUUCUGAAGAUGAUAUAACUGAGUCACAAGAUUAUUUUGGUUUAUCCAGAAAAAAUAAAGCAAGGGGUGCAUGGGAAGAGAAGCCCAGGUCACAAGAAGCCAUCCAAGCUGUGAAUGAGUGGACAGUGAAUACAGUGGCCGCUGGUGGGCUUGCAGCGCUGACUGUGGCCCGGAGCAAGCCUCCAGCCACCUCCCCUGUGGCCCGGGAAGAGCCCUUGGUGGGGCCGUCUGAAAUGCAGGCUGAAAGCCCAAGAGCUGCUUCCGGGGAAGUCAGAAGGCCAGGGGGAGUCGGAGAGAGCGCUGAGUGCCUGCAGGCCGACAGGACACACCACACGCCCAGCGGGAGUCUCUGGGGGGAGAGGCUGUCCUGCAGCCUAACGGGAGACAAGGACAAAGCCACUGAGAAGUCAGCCCUUCACAGGACGCCACAGAAGGAGCUUGGCAAGUCCAAAGGAGGAUCCCUGCCAUUUAGAAUGGCGGGAUCAUGCACAUCAGAAUUUACCGAGUGGACACGUACUAAUGAAGUCGCUUUGGAGGCAGGACGGGUGACCGGACCUGGCUGUCUGCAGAGAGUAUCUGGAGCAAUGACAGAGGGCACUGGAGAUAUGCAAGGGUCCACUUCAGAAGAACUGCCCGAACCCGAACCCGAAGAGGACUGUGGUGGCACAGGUGGUGCGGUGGGUCAGGCAGGGCUGGGUGUUAGAGCCGGUGUUUCCUCCUCUUCUCCCAUGGCACCAGGGUAUGUCUGCAGUACUCCGCAGGCUGCACAGUUAGGAAGCAUCGCUGCUGUGGAGACUCCAGCCAAAGGAAUCCCUCCUAAGCUGCACCGUUUAGAACAAAACUUACAAACUAAAACUUCAAACACACUACUUCGAUCUGAGCCACCAGAACAUUCUAUACAAGAAAACAACCUGGAGAGCAGCUUGCGUUCUUUGAGUCCUGAGUUGGGAGUACGGGAUAUGAAUGACCAGAAGAGCAGGGAGAUAGAAGGCACAAAAAUUAUAAAAGGUUUGACCAAAAUGUACUCUUUUCCUCUGUCAGUAUUCAGGAAGGCAACAAAAGACGGACUCUGCGAGACUCAAGAUCCAGGAAUGGAGCUCACACUACAGAGGUCAGAUUGGGCUUCACUAGCGGGUCCUCAGGCUGCCGUGGUCAGGAGUGGCUGUGGUUUUGUGAAGAGCACUUCGUGGCACCAUAGUGAUUUCCUAAGAAGUGCUGGUGAGAGCCCGAGAGUGAGCUCAGCACAUGAACGGGAGAGUGGCUGUCAGUUUGAUAUGGCAGCACCAGCUCUCCAAAACAGAGGGUCAGGGGCCAUGCCUCAGCGUCCUGGAGAAAGUGCCAGGCCUGUGGGACUCACAGCUGCUGCCGCACUGCUGCCCAACCAGGUGUCCGUCAUCACAAAGCAGACAAGGCCCCCACAGACCCCAAGUGCGCACCCGGAGCACUGGUCACCAAACAGGAAGGCGCCGCACAUAGCCGCUGGGAAUCAGGCUAGCAGAAGGGAGACACCAGCAGCAGCAGAGCCCGGCGGCGAGGGGGAGGACACCGUCAGGAGCACGGAGGAAGUGGCUGCCCGGAGGAGCGCGGCACCGCGGCCUCCUUCCGCUUGGAGACAUUUGGAUCCUCCGACUGAUUCUAUACUGGCAGGAAGUUCGGCCUGUUCUGGGGACAGUGAGGUAGCUUUCUCUUCUGGAAACAGGCGUCCCUGUAGCCUGGAGGUUUCCAGGGGUGCUGCCACGCAGGAUGAGGCGCAGAUGCCAGAGCCGUCUCCUCCCUUCCCGGGUGAGGACGCACGUGGGGCUGAGCUGGCUGUGUCGGGAGGCUGCCCUGUGCGAGAAGUGCCCCGUGGGGACCCCGAGGCCCUGGCCGGCACCCUCAACCCGCCCAGCACCUCCCAGGAGGCGUCUGGAACGCCUGGUGCGGCUUUACCGGUACACUUUGUCACCCCGAGCGUCACCUUUUCAUCGCCGUUGUGCAGCACAGCCGAGGCCCGACACCUGUCACAGAGCGGGCCCCUGGCUUCCGCCUUCUGCUGUGCAGCGAUCCGGGAGGCCAGGGACAAGGACAGUGAGGUGGAAGGGAGCGAGAGCGAUGUGGAGGCUGACGGGCUGGGCAGGGGACCACGGGAUGCAACGGGUAACACCCAGAAGGCUUUGGGGAGCAGUGAGGCUGGGGGGCCCGAGACAGGAGCUUCUCUAGAGCUGGGCGACUUGACCUCUGCGCUGCAGGAGUUCAACCUCAGCCCUUCCCCGGACAUCGACAGGCUUUCCGCCUCCGGGGUUCUCAUGUUUUUCGAGAAUUGUCAGUUAAGGGACUAUAGUUCAGGGGACUCGAUUUCAGAAUGUUCUAGCAAGGGAACCCUAAAUAAAGAAGUCGACAAAGAGUUAAAGGCACGUGACAUAUCAGGAGAGAGGCCUGAGGAGCAGCCCUGCGAAGAGGAGGCACCGGGGAGCCCGGGGGAGUGGGUGGAAGGGGAAGAGGACUGUUCUCUGAGGGCGCCCAGCCCGCUGGCGCAGUGCUCCUUGGAAAUGCAGGCUGAGGUGCUCUCCAGCAUUGGACAGGAGCUUGAGAUAGGCCGCGGGGACUUUCAAGGCAACGAUCCUGGCAGGUUACUCCUCUUAAAAAUAUAUAACAGCCUGACAGUGGAAGAUCUGAAAGACGUUCUACCUCUGGAAGUGGCCCCCCAUCCCCCAGAACCACCCCUGCCCACCGCCACCCCAGACGUGCAGGGCAGCCACCUUGCGAUAGGUAGGUCUCUCCCUGAGCACACUGGGAGUGGACCCGAGGACAGUCCCCAGGCCACUAAGCCUGCCGCCCCCGAGGAGGGUCGGGCAGCACCGCCCACCUGGUGCGCUGGCUCUGCCGCUGAGGCCAUACCCCAGCACAGCCCCGGCUGUGAGGGCGCAGUGCGCAGGGCUCAUAGAGAAGGCGCCAUGGUGCAGGGGCAGGGGGCACUGGACGCUCCUUUUGCUUCCUUGGAAUCUCCAGAGCGGGCCCCAGGAACCAGUGUCCCCGGACCCGCAUCACAGGAGCCCCCGGGCAGUGGCUCCCCUGUGGGUGCCCAGGGCGCUGUCUCCAGCAGUGGGCAGAGCAGCAAUUUCGAUAAGAGCCGCCUGCGGAACAGGCCUGUUAAGCCCAGCAUCUGGGUGAGCUCUCAAAUAUACGAUCAGCCCUUCGAGCCUGCAAACAUCACCUCCGAUCACACGUAUUAUAACUCGAAACUGGAGCCGUCUGGGAAGAAUAAGAUCCGAGUGAAGAUUCCCGGCAAAGAUCUGCCUGGCAAACCCGCUAAGACUGCAGCGCCAGCUAGAGGCGACCCUCCUCCGUCGGGAGUGGGGGACUGUGGAAGCCUGAGGACCCUCCGGGGACAGGCGCAGCCAGUUGUGGCCAAAGCCGACACAUCCACCCCCACAGACUGCACCCUGGAUGCACUCAGCAGGAUCCGGCAGGAGGUGGGGCCUCCCCUGCCGCCACUGCUCGCACCACUGGUUGCCACACCACCACGGACCACGCAGCCAGUGUCGCCCCUGAGGUCGCUCCCCAGCCCGGGCUCCCCAGGCUCCCCGGCCUCCCCCGCAGAGCCGCCCGCACUGUCUCCCUGGCCAGAGGAGCCCUCGCCUCCUCCCUCGGCCGCCUGGGCUGCGGGGAGGAGCGUGUCCUCGCCCCUGCAGUUCUGCGCAGCCACCCCGAAGCACGCGCUGCCAGUGCCAGGCAGGCUGCCGCCCUGUGCACCCAGUGUGCCCACUGCCACCGCUGCCUGCCCCCCGGAGAACUCGGUGAAGAUCCUGGACACCAUGUACCCCGAGUUAUCCGCCCGGGCGCGCACCCUCAGCAUCCUCAAGGGUAACCUGCAGCUGUCGCGGGGCUCUUCCACGGACGGGAAGACCUUGCCAGGGCCCAUGAGCGCGCUGAUAGGGCUCAAAGCCAUCACGUCCUCGUCCACCGCCUUUGUCAAAGCAGGGGGUGACACUAACCAGGACAGGCCGAGAGACUCGGGGCAGGAUUCGGGGGCGAAGAGAACACUGGCAGCUUCCACUCUGAGGGGAGCGAAGAGACUGCGCCUGGACAGUGAGUCCCCGGAACCAGAAGUGAUGGAGGCUGCCUCCAGACACGGCCCCAAGAGUUCCCUGGGAAAACCCCCCCAUCCCGAAGCUGAGCCCAUAGAGCAGGAAGGCAGCGGGGCCACAACCACCAGUCCAGGGUCCCAGGUCCCUUCGAAGCCCAAAGAAACGGUGGAGUCACACAAUGAAGCCAUCGCUCAGGCACUGAAGAAGAUUGCAGAGUCUUCUUUCGACCUGUUACCUGUCAUUCGAAGUCACGUGCAUGUUGGAAACAUCUCUAAGAAGCCUGUAAUGAGGGACCAGGAGAAGGAAGUCGUCUAUGAAUUUAGCACAACAAAGAAGCGUUUAGCAGAGUGUUUGCUUCACUCCAUUCUCUCAGAGCUCAAGACUCAGAAGGUGUCUGAGGACCACAGUUACAUGCACGCGCUCUGCAGAGUGUACGUGGGUGUUUGUCGGCAGCUGGGAGACUUGGCAAGAGCCCGCUUGUUUUGCUACAGUCUCCUAAAGGAGGAUUUUCCAGAGUCUGAGAAACUGACUUUGUUUAUCGCGAACAUGUGGCAUGAUGUGUUUGCUUCCCCGUCAGUGAUUAGCAAAGCCAUGCAGCUGGUUGCCAGGCAGCGUGCCAGAGGGGAGGUUCUGAGCUGUCUGAAAGCCUUUCUCAGCUGGGAAAAGAAUGCUCCUGUAGAUGUUGGCAUCAUGGUUUCUAAGCUGCUUUUGACCAUACAGUUAUGUCCAAAAACAGAAUUCCAGCCCAGUGAGAAAUACGGGGAGGACCUGAGUGAUAACACUUGGGAAUGCAUCUUUGCCAUCGAUCUGCUCUGCUCCCAUCAGAAGUGGGUCUGGACACACGAUAACAUCAUAAGUAAGGAGCUGUGGCCCGUGAUGGAUAAGUGGAUAAAGUACAGGAAAGGACACACGAACGUGGCGUACACUCCUGACGUCAUCAUCGCAUCCAUCCUGAGGCUGAUUGGUCGCCUGGGCCAGUUGGGUUUAAAGGAAGGAUUUCCAACUACUGUGAAAAAUAUCAGUUCGGUUAUUGGUAUGUUCAUACAGCACGCUCAGGAUGAAGAUAUCCCGUGGGGCAUCCAGCUGGCGGCUGUGUAUGCUCUGUGUGACUUGAGCCCCAGCAACCCAGAGGAGAUCCUGAAGAUCCUGGAGGCCUGGCGGAGAGAGACCUCCCACUGUGUUCCCUCUGCCAUCGCCAGCUGCCUGGAGGAAGUUGGCGCCCUGAGGACGGGGGACCUCAGGUGAGCAGCUCUGCUGCAGCGUGACAAGUGCCUUGACACAUCCCAACGCCAGUGGGCCAGCGGCUCCCAGACGAGGACAGGCGCGCGCACCAGUCCACGUGGUCCCUGCACUCCCUGCGCUCCCCGGGCCCAGAGAGGAGGAGCGGGCCGGUGUGCAGCUGCGCUGCUCCGAACCAUUGCAUUUCACUUCUGGCUGUUGUGAUCAUGUGACAUGCAGAUGUAUUCUUGUGUCUUGGAUGAAAACUUGAACUUAGCCCUUUUUUUGCUGCAGAAAGUGUCCUUUUAGUGGCUUUUUAAAACUAAGUGGCAUUUUAUAAUGAACUUAACAAUAUGAGACCAUGAUUUGGUUCCUGAGCUAUUUUUAGGUGAAAUGCUCAAAUGAGUGGCUAGGAAAAAAUAAAUUGGCUACAAAGAGAAAUGGUGGAAUCUUCCACUAAGUUGGAAGUGGGCUACAAAAAUUUUCCUACAGAUUAGUGCAUAACCUACCAGGGUAAAACCCUGAGAGCCAUUAGCAGAAACUCAUUGAGUGCUUUUUCCUCAUAUCGCUAAAGUUCCUUAAAAUAUUUAACCAUCAUUCAGGAACGAAAGCCAGGCCGCAGACACUGCCUUGUGGACCUCUGGUCAGCAUCACAUCUCCGGGCCACUCGGGGAGGGAGCAGGCAGGCGAGGCUGUGUGCCGUGUACAUAAGGACAGUACUAUGAUGUGUCUCACAUUGGAUGAUAUUCCACUUCGGAAUUUUAGUAUUUGUACAUAGAAAUGGGUUUAAUAACUCACCGUGAUUCUGAUUUGUCUUAUAUUCAUGAUUUCUUAAACUCUUGUAUGUGUUUUUAUAAUAAAAAAUAAAAGUAAGCCAUGCACACUGUUGUGUUGAGAAAA